AUGAUGACGUUUAUGUUCAUCAGCUGAUUGUAGGACGAGAGAAGAAUCAAAACACUGCGUUAAGAUAAAACUGGAUUAAAUUUAUUUAUGAAGCGCAUCGUUACAGAUUGUUCAGGGAUUGUGUAAAAUGACUUCUUUUGGUUUUCCCCUCUCAGCCGCUCCUUUCGUCUCCAGCUUCCCCAUGGUGCAGUAGAGCUCUGUAAUGGAUAAGAUCCUGGAAGGGCUGGUGAGCUCGUCUCACCCGCUCCCUGUUAAGCGAGCCAUAGUGAAGAUGGUGGUGGAGGCGGCUGAGAAAGAGGUGACGCAGGAGCAGUGUCAGGCCCUGUACCAGCUCACGGCACGCCUCAUUCUGCUGGGUGAGGACGCCUUCCAGCGGCAGGUGGGCCUCCAGGUGCAGGAGGCGUACGCGCGCUACCACCGUGACGAGUUCGCCCGCUUCCUGAGUAAGGACUAUGUCCUGGAGCUGCUGCGUCACGGCUGCAGCCCUCUGGACCCUCGUGAUCCGGCCAUACUGGACUUCCUGCAUGGCUGCUUGCGGCUUCUGAUCAGCUGCCCGGCGGUGCUAGAGCUCGCGCCGACACUGCAGAUCGAGGUCCUGCGCAUGGUGUGUGAGCGCCCUGACGCCGCGUUCUGCAGCAAGCUCGCCACGCUGCUCAGCGACUUCCCCCAGUGUGUGCCGCGCAACAAAGCCGCCGUGCCGCUCUGCCAGCAGCUGGUGCGCACGUUCGCACAUUUCCAGUGUCCGGCGGCUGAGGAGGCGGAGCUGAGGCGCUACGUAGGGCAGGUGGGCUGCGUGGCGGCGUUGCUGCAGGGCAUCUGGAAGGCGGAGCCAGCCACGCUUCUGCCCUCACUGCAGGAAGUGUUCGCUAUUAUCUCCUCAACAGAUCCGUCCUUUGAGCCGUCCAUUGCUCUGGCCAGUCUGGUGCAGCACAUCCCUCUGCAGAUGAUCACAGUCCUCAUCAAGAGCCUCACCACUGACCAAAACGUCAAAGACGCCAGCAUGACACAGGCCCUCAGCAGGAUGAUCGAUUGGCUCUCAUGGCCGCUAGCCAAUCACGUAGACACCUGGGUUAUUGCUCUUCUGAAGGGACUGGCUGCCGUGCAGAAGUUCACCAUCCUCAUCGAUGUCACCGUGCUUAAAAUCGAGCUGGUCUUUAACCGUCUGUGGUACCCUAUAGUGAGACAGGGAGCAUUAGCAGUCCUCUCUCACAUGCUGCUGAGCUUCCAGCACUCGCCAGAGGCCUUCCACCUGGUGGUCCCUCACGUGGUAACUUUGGUGAAGUCUUUAAAGAGCGAUGGCCUCCCUACCAGCAAAGCCUUCCUGCUGCAGUUCACCGAGCUCAUCCACUGCAUGAUGUACCAGUACUCUGGCUUCCCUGACCUCUAUGACACCAUCCUCGAAGUCAUUAAGGAUCUCCCUAAACCCAGUGAAGAGAAGAUCAAGUAUGUGCUGAACCAAAGUGCCUGGACCUCGCAGUCAAACUCUUUCGUCUCUGGACUGCUGAGGCUUACGGGCAAAUCGGAGACAGGAAAGACGGGACUCGUGAACUUGGGCAACACAUGUUACCUGAACAGCAUCAUUCAGAUGCUGUUCAUGGCUACAGAUUUCAGACGGAACGUAUUAUCUCUGAACCUGAACGGCUCAAAUACGCUGAUGAAGAAACUACAGCUUCUCUUUGCUUUCUUGGCGCACACUCAGCGAGCAGCGUACGCACCGAGGAGCUUUCUUGAAGCGUCUCGGCCACCCUGGUUCACAGCGGGCUCCCAGCAGGACUGUUCUGAGUAUCUCCGCUUUCUCUUAGACAGGCUACACGAGGAGGAAAAGACUCUCCGAGCUCUCCAGGCACCCAAACCUAAGACCAUGUCCUCUGACGCUGAGGGUACUGAUGAUGCAAAAGCUCAGAAUAUGACCAGCACCCAGUCUCAUUCUCAGACUAAACUGGUGGACACUGAUGGUGAUGGACGGACUCUGGUGGAGCGAAUGUUCGGCGGGCGUCUCUCCACGGGCAUCCGCUGCCUGCAGUGCCACAGUCUUUCUGAGAAAGAGGAACCGUUUACGGAUCUUUCUCUCGCUUUUUGCCCAUCGGGCACUGUGGGCUCCUUGACCGUGCAGUCCCACCAGGGGGCAGUAAAUGGCGGCAGUGAGAACUCUGAAGGCACUGCGAAGGAUGAGCGGAGCGAGGAGAGACCCAAGACGGAGACAGUGCUGUCCCUGUCAGAUCUGCUUGAGUAUUUCCUGGCACCAGAGAUCCUGGAGGAGGAGAAUUGUUACUUCUGUGAACGCUGCAGCUCCCUGCAGCGGGCGGAAAGGGCCAUACACGUGGUGACGGCCCCUGAGUACCUCAUCCUCACUCUUUUGCGCUUCUCGUAUGACGCGACGUGCCACGUGCGGCGCAAAAUCCUGGACAAUGUAGGCAUCCCGCUGCAGUUCCACCUACCUGUUCACCAGCACAGCACUUCCUUAUCUUCAUCACCACCACCAUCGGUGCAAAUGGACUCUCCAGAGAGUGGCGAGAACUUGGCCAAGAAGCUAAAACCUUCUCAUAAAGAGAAAGAAGAGGAAGACGGAGUCUUAACGGACAGCGGGAGAGAGAGCGGGAGAAGGGGCUGGGGGUUAGGGAUGCGGUGUGUACCUUACGGCCUGUGUUCUGUUGUGAUGCAUUCUGGGAUGUCCUCGGAGAGCGGCCACUACUACUCAUACGGCAGGAACAUGAGCAGUACGUCGGCCAAUCCCUCUUUUAAGAGUCCGGAAUCAGAUUCCGGUGUCGGCCUUUCAGAGGGCUCGACAGCUUCACAGGAAGUACUGGAGUGUGCAGGGCAAGACUCCGGGGACUGGUUCCUGUUCAACGACAGCAGAGUGACCUUUACCAACUUCCAGUCCGUGCAGAACAUCACGAGCCGCUUCCCCAAGGACACGGCCUACGUCCUGAUAUACAGGAAACAGGAAGAAGUUGGAGGGCAGGCUGGGGGUUCAAGAGCUACUGUUAAUGGCUCAAGGUUCAAUGGGGAACCACCUCUUCAUAAAGAUCUAAUGGAUGCCAUCACCAAAGACAACAAACUCUUCUUACAGGAGCAGGAGCUUAACGCCAGGGCCCGUGCUCUCCAGGCCGCCUCGGCCUCCUGCUCGUUUCGACCCAACGGCUCAGAUGACAACGAGCCCCCGGGAAGCUGUGGGCCUUCGGGUGGAGGAGGAGGAGGUGGAGGCGGCGGCGGCUUCAGCACUGUCAGCAGACUGGUUUUCUGAGACUGGGACACUUUCAGACUGUAACAGAGCAUUGGACUCAAAAACUCAACACUGGACCUCCUUCUGUCUGAAUCCAACAUGCAGAAAUUCUCAAUAACUCAAAACCACCUCACAAGCUUUCCUUCACUUACAUAUCCCUUUUUUAAGCCUUCUUACAAAGUGUUCACGAAAGCACUUUUUGGUAACACUUUACUAUACCACAUAAAGGGCCUUUGUAAUACAUUGCGUAAAUCCUUUUCUAGAGAAAUGCUGGAGAAUUUAUGAAAUGCUUAUCUCAGCACUAGAGAUUUUAUCUUAUUUGGGUUUACAUGAAAGAGAGAAGAGAAAACAACCUGUAAUUAUCACUGCGGAUUGACUUUUUAAACUUUUUUUUUUUUCAAACUUAUUAUUAAUUAGAUUGUUUUUAUUAACAGCAUGUUGAUAACACUGUGAAAGCUCUAGAAGCUGUAUAUUAGGGCUUCCUAAGUGUUAUAAAUGCAAAUCUGAUUAGUUUGAGUGCAUUCGAAUCAUAUAUUCAGCUCUCACAUUGGGUUCAAAAAAAUAAAAUGCAAACUGCAUUGAAAUGGUGCUUCAUAAUGCUUUUAAAUGCAAAUGGAGCACCAGCACUUCAGCCUCAAUGCUCCAGUAAUAAGUAGAUACAGUAGCUACACACUAAGUGAUAAUGAGCUGUAAUGAUAACCUAGGGUUCUUCUGUCUUCUUUCUUUUAUGUAAAAACAAAGCAAUAUACUUCAUAAAAACAGUUAGUCAUGUGACAAGGUUUUGACCUUACAUAAAAGCCUCAGCUGUUCCUUUAUUAAAUAUUUGUGCAAUGCUUAUGAAUGUGUUAUGAAGGUCCCCAUAUAAAGUGUUACCCUUUUUUACGGGUUGUGACCGAUCCAUUCAUGGUCAUGUAAUCUUCAUGGGUACCAUUGCUGUCUUAUGCAGUCAGAACUGAUUCUGAUCGCAUUAACCUCUGUAAAGAAAUCAGAUUUUAGCUUUUUAUUUUUUUCCCAAACAUGUAAGCAGUCAUGCUCCACUCAGACUCACAGCCAUCAUACUUGAACUAGUGUUUGUCUACCUGUCCAUGGGUUAUGCGGCGUACCUAUAGCCCAUGGACAGAUCACCUGACGUGCUGCAAUACAUUUACACAGAAGGAUGCAAUACUGAUUUUUAUUCCAUUGUGGAAUUUAAGCUAUAGUUUAAAAUAGCAAAAAUAAUAUCACUGAAUUAUAAUGGGAUAACAUCAAAAAAAAAAAAAAAAAAAAAAAGAAAAGAAAAAAAAGAAACGUGUGUAUGUGUGUGUGAAGAGAUUAUCUUGCAUGCUGAAUAUUUAAACCGAAUUUGGUUUGGGGUCAAUUUUCACAAUAUUGCUGUUUAUAUUGUUGUUUUCUGCUUUCAGGGCGAAUUUUUUCUCCCUUCGAUUUUAAACCGAUUUUAUGUGCCUUUUGAUACACAUUUACAAUUUUACAGGAAAAUUUGACUGGAUUAUAAGCCUUGUGUAGCGAUAUAGUGUUAAUAUUUGAUGUUUUUUUCCCCCCUCUAACAGUAAAGGUUCAUUGAUAA